AUGCAUAUUCUUCCUGUCUUGUGUUCCCUUCUUGCUUCAGCACUCGCUGAAGACGUACCCCCUCAGUUUGAUGAUGGGCAGCUCACUGGUAACGGAUUUGGUAUACCGGGUAUCAAUGCCACCUAUGACUAUGUCAUCGUUGGUGGUGGGACAGCAGGUGCUCUCGCAGCAGCGCGUCUAACUGAGCACAGUAACGCGACGGUUGCUUUGGUUGAGGCGGGAGGUUUCUAUGAACUGAGUAACGGUAACGUCAGCCAGUUACCAUUUAGGAUCAAUGACUGGAAAGGGUCAGGCGGCGCGUCUAGCUGGCAACCACUCAUUGAUUGGGGUUACUUCACUCAGCCUCAGAACAAUGGGAAGAAGAUUCAUUAUGCACAGGGUAGAACAUUUGGCGGCAGUAGUGCCAGAAACCUCAUGAUGUUCAACCGCCCUACCAAAGGAGCAUACAAGCACUGGGCCGAGAAAGUCGGCGAUGAUGCCUACACGUGGGAGAAUAUGCUGAAGUUCAAUACAAGAACUAUGAAGUUCUCAGAUAACAGUCAGCAUCGACCUCAGAACGCCACUGCCCUUUAUGACACUGCCGCUUUCUCAGAGAAAGGGGGUCCUUUACACCUCACCUUUCCAGGAUACGUUUUCCCAGUCUCGUGGGACGCCAUCAAAGCUUUUGAAGCACUAGGAUUCAAAGAGAUCCCGAGCUUCACCGCUGGUGCCUUGCAAGGUUGGGGCUGGUGGCAGUUCUCCAUCAACCCUGAGACCGGUCUCCGUGAUUCUUCUGAGAGUUCGUUUUUGCAGCAAAGCCUGGGUCGGCCUCGUUUGACAACAUACAUCAACACCAUGGCUCGCAAGAUUCUCUUCUCUGGCAAAAAAGCCGUUGGUGUCACCGUUGAUAAUUAUGGCCAGCAAUCCUUCAACCUUACGGCCCGGAGGGAAGUCAUUGUUGCUGCAGGACUCUGGAGCAGCCCUCAGCUACUGAUGGUUUCUGGUGUUGGGCCUGAAGAGACGCUCAAAAAGUUUGACAUCCCAGUCCUAUCAAAUCUACCGGGAGUCGGCCAAGGCACACAUGAUUCAGCUGCUGUUCAUGGGCCUAUCUGGGAGAUUGAAGGCAUUUCAACGGGCGGUUGGAAACAGCCCUCCAAGAUGAAAGAAGCCAUCACUGAGUUCAAUCAACACAAGAAGGGACCUCUUACCAACGGUGGCGUUGAUGUCGGGGCAUUCGAGAAGAUUCCUCUGGCAAAUCUCAGCAAGAAGGCCCAAGAGGAUCUCGCUCAGUACCCUGAGGACUGGCCCGAGGUAGAAUUCAUUAUGCAGAUGGUUGAUCCUCCAGCUGGAGCAACUGGUAAAAACUAUGCCGCCAUGACAAUCAGAAUGGUUGGGACUGUGAGUCGUGGCAAUAUGACCAUCUCAUCUGCGAGCAACCUUGACCCUCCUAUCAUUGAUCCGAACUGGCUACGAGCAGAUACAGACAAGGAGGUAGCUCUUUAUGCCCUCCGAAGAGCCCGUCAGCUUUGGGAGCAUAUUCCUUCUAAAAUCGGUAAGGAGAUAUACCCUGGCGCCAGUAUCACCAGUGACGAGCAUUUGCUGGAUCUCACAUACGACAACCUCGACCCGACGCAUCAUGGCACCGCUUCUUGUAACAUGGGCAAAGCUGGUGAUCCAUCAGCAGUGGUCGACUCUAAGGGCCGCGUUUUUGGCGUCAAGAAUUUGCGUGUUAUCGAUUCUUCUACUAUGCCACUGACACCACCUGGACAUACAAUGGGUCCUACAUAUGCCAUGAAUCACGCCAUCAUUCCAUCCCGUAAGUUACCAUGUUCUGUUCAGAAUUGGAACUUGUUUGGCGAUAUCGGAGGAGCCUUGGUAAUGUCAAUCGCUGGGGUUCCUCGCAUGUACACCGCCAUUUACUCCACAGCAUUGCAACAUGUCAGUACAGAUAUCGCAACAGAUCGGCCCCUACUCAUGGCGGAAACAGAGAAACACCGACGGUCUCAAGAUGGGCCUAUCCUGCAAAGCAGUUUUCAGCAGGAUGAGAAUUCAGCCGAACAGGCUUCUCACUCAACUAGCCAGACCGAUUCAAACCUGGCGAUGGGUAAUGAUCACAAAAAGAAGCUCGGCGUGCUUUGGGGCUCAGCACUCAUGCAGCUCCCACUCUGGGGCUUCAAUCUGAGUUACGGUAUUUUUGAAGAAUACUGGACAAGCAACUGGACUCUCGAUGGCGAUCUCUCCAUCACUGGCACAGUCGGCACUACCUCCAACGGAGUCAUGUAUAUCUCCAUGCCGUUCCUAUUUGCCAUAUUCACCCGCUACUGGGCCCAUCACCGGCUCAAAGCAGAGCUCGGAGGUCUUACCAUAGCAUUCCUUGGGUUCAUUCUCUCCUCAUUCAGUACCCAUGUAUGGCACCUCAUGGUCACACAAGGCGUCAUGGCUGCUUUUGGUUGUACUCUCGUGUAUAGUCCAGCAACAUGUUCUCUUGGGGAGUGGUAUGCCACUGGCAACCGGGCUAUUGCCUAUGGUAUUAUUCUCUCGUGUAGAAACAUUGUCGGUUCCGUCUGUCCUUUUUUCCUGCGGUAUCUUCUCGACCAAUAUGGCUUUCGGUGGACAAUUCGGAUUUGGGGGUUCAUCUUGGCUGGUUCAGGUCUCCUGUCCAUCUUUCUCGUACCGACUCAUCCUUCAAAGACAAUAGCACGAGAAGGAAAACCUCCUCGAAUACCUUGGACGUUCCUGAAACACCGUGGCAUUUACACCUACUUCGUUGCAGUUAUGGUUCAAAGCUCAGGAUACUGUCUACCACAAACAUACCUCCCGACGUUUGCACGAGAGUUCAACGGCGCCAGUCAAGCGAUUUCUACUCUCUUGCUAACAUUGCACAAUAUUCCUGGCAUCCUCUCGUGCUUCUUCUUUGGCUGGCUUACGGACAAUAAGUAUCAUCAAUUUUCGGCCACUACAAUAACUUGCCUCUCAGCUUUCGCAUCAUCGGCCUCUGUGCUCUUACUCUGGGGGUUAUCGGUAGACGGAAGCCCUGCUCUUACUCUCGUAUUCGCUAUCGUCUUUGGAUUCUUUGCUGGUGGUUAUAGUGCAACGUGGGGAGGCAUUACUAAGGAAUUGGAAGGUGAAGCAGAAGUUCAUAACGAGACUAUUGACUCCAGUCUUACAUAUGGACUUCUCAAUGGAGCUCGAGGCAUCGGGUUUGUGAGCGGUGGCCUUGUGAGCAUCCCGCUGCUGAGUUCUGGGGAUACAGGCUGGGGAGGAAGAUUUGGCUACGGAACCAAGUAUGGCCCACUCAUGGUAUUCACUGGCAUUGCAGUUGCUUUUGGUGGCCUGGGGUUGAUUAGGGCUACAAGGAUAAGACCACACAAGUCUUCAACAUCAGGUUGAAUCUAUGACUGCAACGAAU